AUGACGACCCAGCCGCCCCUCCACGAGACGCGCCGCAAGUCGAGCAUCGGCACGCUCGAGAUCCAGAGCGGUGACGGAGGCGUCCGCACCGUCAACUUGGACGAGCUGAACGAUGCCGACCAGCAAUUGGCCGCCGAGUUCGGAUACAAGCCCGUCUUCAAGCGUGAAUUCGGAUACCUCUCCACCUUCUCCUUCGCCGUCUCCAUCAGUGGCCUGUUCGCCACGGUAGCAACCACCUUCGUCUAUCCGCUGGAGGCUGGUGGGAGUGCUUCCGCAGUCUGGUGUUGGCUGAUCUCCGGAUCUGGGUGCAUGUGCAUCGCUGUGAGUCCCCCGCCUCCGCCUCCGCCUCUACCUCUCCGCCGAAGAUGGCUGACUUCCUCGCUCUAGUGUGCCGUAUCCGAACUCGUCUCUGCAUAUCCGACCUGUGGUGGUCUCUACUAUACCGUCUCCCGCGUCGCCCCCAAACCAUGGGUGCCAUCAAUCUCCUGGGUGACUGGAUGGCUGAACAUCUUGGGCCAGAUCGCCGGUGUCGCCUCCUCCGAAUGGGGUGCCGCUUCUCUUCUCCUGGCUGCCGUUUCCAUCGGCACCGACUACAAAUAUGUUCCCACCGUCGGUCAGAACGUCGGCGUCAUGGCUGGCCUCACCGUCAUCACCGGUCUCGUCAACUCCCUCUCCACCUAUUGGAUGGAGAAGAUGACCAAGACCUAUGUCAUCUUCCACGUCCUCGUGCUGGUGACCUGCUCCAUCGCUCUUCUCGCAAUGGCACAGCCCAGUCGCGGCCAGCCGAAGCACGACGCCGACUAUGUCUUUACCGACGUACACAAUGUCUCCGGCUGGACUCCUGAUGGAUGGUCGUUUCUCUUUGGCUUUCUCUCCGUCAGCUGGACCAUGACCGAUUACGAUGCCACUGCGCACAUCACCGAGGAGAUCCGAAACCCAGAGAUCAAGGCACCGUGGGCCAUCUCCAUGGCCAUGCUCUUCACCUACGUCGCCGGCUGGCUCUUCAACAUUGUCCUCUGCUUCGUCAUGGGCGAUCCAGACACCAUCCUAGCCUCCACCAUCCAACAGCCGGUUGCCCAGAUCUUCACGGACGUCUUGGGCAAGGCUGGUGGCAUCGUCUUCACCCUGUGUGCUUUUGUCAUCAUCAGUAAGUCAUACGCGUUCAGCGCUUCCGGCAUCUGCUAAACGUUAGCCCUCCAGAGUUCGUCACCUUUACAGCCAUGCAAGCGCUCGCACGAACCGUCUUCGCCUUCUCCCGCGACCGCCUCCUGCCCUUCCCGAACCUGUGGACGAAGAUCCUGCCGCUUACUGGAACGCCCAUUCUCGCUGUGUGGAUCUCCGUCUUCUGGUGCAUAGCCAUCAACCUGAUCGGACUGGGAUCGUACGCCGCCAUCGAGGGUGUUUUCAACGUGACCGCCAUCGCUUUGGACUGGAGCUACUGUAUCCCCAUCUUCUGCAGAAUCGUCUUUGGCAAAUUCGAGCCGGGGCCAUGGAAUUUGGGUCCGGUAUUUGGACCGAUUGUGAGCUCUUGGGCGUGUAUCUGGACCCUGUUCGUUUCCAUCAUCUUCAUCCUGCCGACGAUCAGGCCAGUGACUGCUGCCAAUGUAAGUUGAUCUUCAGUCAGACUCGAAUCCCAUGCAUUGUUGCUGACUCUUACUCACGCAGAUGAACUACGCCAUUGCGUAUCUCGGUGGCAUCCUCAUCUUUGCCGCCAUUUACUGGUUUGCUGCCGGACGCAAGUUUUACACGGGACCACUCAUCGAAGCGGAUGUGAACGACGAAGGCGCCAGGAGCAGCGACGACGAUGUCGCAAGGACGAAGAGAGAGGUCAACUGA